AUGGGUACAAGCAAAUAUUUUAGAAAAGGUGACAUGGAUGCUUCUGAUAUGGACGAGGAGUAUUUAGAUGAUCCAAUAACGCUAUAUGAUUUCGAACAAAUCAGAUUUGGAUGUCACACGCAACAAGUUAAAGGGACAUUUUUUGAUAUCGAAAGAAACAUAGAACUGUUAGAGAAGUGCCGAACUUUAAGUAUUCAAAUUGUUGACUGUGUCAAAUAUCCCUUAUACUAUAAAUCAAAAACAACUAUAAAAUAUGAUUCCGUUUAUGAAAAAAAUAACGCUUUUGACAAAGUAAUUGAAGUUCAUCAAGAGAAGUUUCUUGAUGAGUCCCUAAGUGCAGAUAAUAUUGAUGACGUACAAUUUCAAUUUAAUUGUCCUAAAAGCACUGUGAACUGUAGUCCUAAGGUGGUUUCUAACGAAGACAAAGGGAAUUUUAAGGGAAAUAAAAAUUUUACAUCUGCAAACACAAGUAUUUGCCAAAAGUUAACUUUACAGGAAAUGUCAAGUGGUAAUUCACAUAUUGAUUUUAAAAAGAACAGAGGCUUAAUAGGUCUGAAAAUAAUACGUAAAGAUAGAUUAGUAGAUCAAGGAAAAAAUUCUGCAUUAGAGGAGUGUUCAACAAAUAAAAUGGAAUUUGGUUGUCAUCCGUCUUUGAUUGCUAACAAAAACACAAUUACACACGAAGAGGGGAAUUUUUUGUUGCACGAUCAAGAAAAAUAUUUUAAGGACAACAAUAUAAAAGAAAAGACGAAUAACAAAAAAAAUCCUAAAUUAAAAUUUACAGGUUGCAAAACAACGAAUAUUAAAGAAACUCCAAAAUAUGAUAUAUAUUUUGAUAAAAAUAAAUGUAUUGAAAGUAAAAAAAUAAUACAAGAGACAAAAGAAACUUUCAUUGCAAAUAGCGUUAAGCAACAUAAUAAACCAAUCGAAGUCAAGGAAGUAAGGUCUAAGUCACCAAUUUUUCCUUGUAAAAGCAUAAAAACAUGUCAAAAUACCACAAAUACUAAAGAAGAAUUAUUAAAAAGUCCUAAUAAGUAUAACGAAAAUUUUUAUAAUAGCAACAUAUUAAACAAAAACCAAAAAGAUAACUUAAAGUAUUUUGAUAAAUCACCAAAGAAGCAAAAUAAUCUAGAAAAGUCUCAACAAAGACAAGAAAAAUACCAUGAAAUAGCAAUUGAAUUCCAAUCAAAUAUUACUCCCAAAAAUAUCAAUAAUCAUUUAUCAUUUAAUGAACGCCGAAUGAGAAAUGAGGAAUAUAAUUUAUCUAAUGUUGCCAAAUCAAUUGACAAAGAGUGUGUGUUGUUAAAUCAACAAGAGCAAGAUGUAUUUCAGGAACAUUCAAGAUUAAAUAAUGUUGUUAGAAAACUCAAUAAAAUGAAUAUUAUGCACGAAAAUAAAAAUAAUAAAAACAAAAUUAAUAAUAUAGAACUAAAAAAUCAAGUGAAAUGUUAUACUAAUUCUCUUGAAAAGGGAUUGCAAAUUAAGAAUGAAGUUAUUUCCGGUGAAAUUCACACGAAUGUAAAGAAUAAUAUGCCUUUAACAGGUCAUCAGAAAAUCUUAGUCAAUGCAAUACCAUCUACUCCACAGAGACAUCACAUAUACAAUAAUAUUUCGAGUAAUUGUUCAUUAGGUGUAAGCGAUGGGACCUUAAUGCAGUCAGAUAACAGUGCUUAUAUUCCAACUUCUCAGGUUCAAUUUUUACCGACAUUAGGGUCAAUAAAAGCUGUCAGACACCAAAUACCUCAUAGACAUUUUCGUAUUCAACCUGUCUCUGAUAUUUUGCUCAGUUCUUUGAAGAUACAGAAUCAAAGUAUCCCUUAUCCACAUUUGAUAAGACGAAAAAAAUUUGGGAAGAAAUAUAUACUAGGCAUGUCUAAAGCACCUGAGUUACAACUCACAGAUAAAAGUGACGACAGCGACGCAAAUACUUUUAAAAGAAUCGUCGAGGGAUCGGACGGUAUUGCUAAAAUAAACUCCAAACUUUUAACAGGUGUGGAAAAAAUAAAGGAAAUAAAAAGAGAUGCAUCGAGUGUGCUCAAAAUAAAUCAUAAUAAAGGCUCAAGACAAAUAAAGCCAACCAAAGGCUACUCUGCACCAAUUUUACCAAUUCCAACCUUUGAUUUAUUUUUUACAGAAAUAGUUGCAUCUAAGGGUCAAGCUGUAAGUGAAAGUAAAGACAUUCAAGAAGAUAAAAAUGUCAGUCUCCUGGAACGACCGCCAAAGAGCUCACAGCUCAGUGCUCCUUUAAGGAAAAGGAAAUUAGAUAUUACGACUAUAAGCGAAAACCAGUCGAAGAAGAAAAUUUCUUUGAAUGAAUAUAAUAGAGUAAAAGUAAAAAAUAUGACGCGGUAA